AUGGAGAGAUUACGCCGGGAAGGCAUUGUUGCCCUUGAGGAGAUUCUUUUAAGAACGGAAGAAAUCCUUAAACUCGCCAGAAUUGAAAUCUCAACUGAUGAAAAAGAUAUUCAUCGUGAAAUCAAAGAUGCUUUUCAAAUCAAAACAAAAACCGAACUUCUUAUCUCAUCUCUUUCAACUCUUUAUUCCGCCAUUCUAGAAAUAGAAUCCCUCCAAGAAGAAUCCUUACUCUGGUCCACCACUCAACCUCCCUCCCGAGCCGCCAAACAGCAACUCAUCGACCGCCAAGUUCUUCUCCAAUGGUUUAAUACCACCAAGACCUCUCAUACUCCCCCAGGACAUUACUCCCCCAACUAA